AUGAUAAUUAAAUUAUUUAAUUUGUAAUAUAAGAAUAAAAUAACUGUAAAUAAGGAAUUUAUACUUCAAGAUUAACAAAAGAUAUUCUUAGAUAAUAUUGAAAGUUAUAAUUAUGUUAUUGGAUUGUAACUAAGAGGAAUAACAUUAAUGAAUAUUUUAAUAAUACUAAGAGGCUUUUUAUUAAUUUUUUAAAUAAUUCAGAAAUAGAUAAGAUUUACAAGGCACUUUUACAUAAGAUAUCUUUGAAAACUUACAAAAGGAUUACGAAGACAGAUCUAAGAGAAUAUAAAAUAUUUUAUUAAGCUUUGGAGAAAUAAUAAUAUUAGAAGAAGUUAAAAUUCUAAUUGAGAGUUUUAUAACGAUAAGUAUCUAAGUAUGAAAACUCAAUUAAAAAGAUAAUCGAUGAUUAUGUCAAUGAAAUUUCCCUUACUCAGAUAUAUGUGGCUCAAAAAAAGAAGAUUAUGUUUAUUAUUUAAAAGCAUUUAUUAAAAUUAUAAAAAUAUUUAUUAUAAUCAUUGUAAUAAUAAGAAAUUUGGUUUUAUUUUAUUUUUAUGAGCUGA